AUGCCGCCCAAGAAACGCAAAUCGACUGUUGCAGACACCAGUGCAAAUGAGCAACCUUCUAAGAGAGCGCGCAAGCCUGUUGCUGAGACAGCUGCCACCACUCGGUCCAAGCCUAAAACAGCUCCUGCCAAGGGUGCUGAUACCCCAAGGAAGAGAGGUCGUUCGCCCAAGAAUCGGGAUUCUACCACUGGAGCGUCGGCCAAAUCCACUGUCGCAAAAACUCAAGAAAAGCCCAAGAGGCCCCGUGGCAGACCUCCCAAGAAGCAGCAGUCUGCGCAGGCGCAGCCAUCCUCCACCAGCGGAACUCGUGGAGAAAAUGAGCAGCUCUCCUCAAAGCCCGAAGAGGAACAGAAAAAUGUCGAGGAACAUGAGGACAACGCAGACGAGCAGAAUGACGGUCGUUCCUACUGGCUCAUGAAAGCAGAACCCGAGUCGCGCAUUGUGAAAGGGGUUGAUGUCAAGUUCUCCAUCGAUGAUCUGCGCGCGGCUGAAGGGCCGGAGCCGUGGGAUGGUGUUCGCAACCUUGUUGCACGGAACAAUCUGCGGGCCAUGAAGAAAGGGGACUACGCGUUCUUCUACCAUUCCAACUGCAAGCAGCCCGGCAUUGUGGGUAUUAUGGAAAUCGUUAGAGAACACUCCGUGGAUGAAAGCGCCUUCGAUCCCGCCCAUCCCUACUAUGACGAAAAGUCCAGUCGAGACAACCCGAAGUGGGAGGUUGUCUAUGUCGAGUUCCGGCGCAAGUUCCAGAAUAUGGUUUCGCUGGAGACGCUGAAGUCGGGAGAUUGA